AUGUCUGAUUCCAGGGUGUCCUCUGUCAUCCAGGAGUGGGCAAGCUCGUACCCGGGUCAGGUCCACACCAUGAACCCUAUAACCUCUGGCCAGGCUGGAUCCACCAGUCAGCUGGCUCAGAUGGACAUGAUACCAUACAGCCAGUCUCAGGGAAUGAUGAGGGGGGUUGGCGAGGACAGAGUCGCCGAGCAGAUGAUGGGACUGUCGUACCUGCCGUACUCAACAUCGUGUCUCAGCAACACCUCAAGUGCAGCGAGCACAAACCACCAUCAGAGCAACACCAACACUCAGCAGGACUUCUCUCCCUUCCUCCUGCCAACUCUGAGGGCCCCAGUGACCAAGAGGAGCAUCAGCAAGGACAGCGCAGAGUACCGGCUGAGACGUGAGAGGAACAACAUCGCUGUGAGGAAGAGCCGGGACAAGGCCCGCCGGAGGAUCCUCCUGACCCAGCAGAGAGCCCUGCAGCUGCAGGAGGAGAACCAGAAGCUGCAGAUGAGAAUAGGGCAGCUGACACAGGAGCUGGACACUCUCAAACACAUCCUGUCACAGAGACACCUGCAGGGAGCUGAGGAGGGAGUAUCAGGGGAGUCCAGUAUCUGAACAUAGUCGAAAACCAACUUCUCAUUAACAUCCAGUUCCAGGCAUCACAUCCAUUUCUAGUGUCUAAGCAUAUCUCCAACAUUCAAAGUCAAAUGCCUGUUAGUGUUUUUUUUAAGCUUUCACUAAAGAGGCAAACAUUUGUGAUCAUUUCAAAAAGGCAUGUAGAGGAGUAGAUUUGAAAAUGAAGGCUUUUGUGGGGAUGUAAUGCCAGGUAUAAAGUGGUUAAUUAGAGUUUCAGAUUGUACAAUUGUGAGGAGAGAGAGCAUAACACACUGGCAGGACUGUAGUUUCCACUGAGUACACACUGAGACAUGCUAACCUUUUCAUCUUACGUUAGAGCAGACAAACACACUGUUUAAUCCAUUCCUUACACUUUUGCUCUUGUGUUUUGGUUUUGUGAAGGCUAAAAAAGACACCACCCUCCAAACUCUUUAGAUAAAGAGUAUUGUUUCUUUCAGACGCACUAGAUGCAAAACUUAAACGUGGAGAAAUCCAAAGCUUGACAGGCAUGCUCUCCCUAUUUACAGAUGCUAAGCUGUGAUCAGACAGUUUGUCAACAAAACAGCAUUUUAUGUCGGGAAAUCAAA